AUGAAACGUGUUCGCGGGCUGGACGAGGUAGCAUCACCAGCAGCAGCAACAUUAAAGCACUCGUCAGUGAGUGCAGGAAGUGGCUUAGGUGGCGGAGGAGGUGGUUUGGAGUACCAUUCAAGCAGUGGAAUAGGCGUUGUUGUACCUGGCCAAGCAGUUCGAUCAGUCGCCUCGAAAGAAAUGCCGGGAAGCAUACAAUUUGGAACUGCCCAAGCCCAACAGCAAUACACUGGAGCAAUUGUAGUGCCGACCGCGGCUCCGUCCCCCAUUAAGGGAAGUGGAUCUGCAGGACUUAGUUCUACAUGUAGCAGUAGCAAUGUAAAUACUGGUGGAGGGUUACAUAGUGGAAUAGGUGGUGGGAGUAACCAUAGUAUGGGUUCCCAACAACCUACACCAGGAACACAAAGUCAAGUUCAUACCCAGCAACAACCAACAAUAAGGCAUAAGGUCCAUUCUGGAAAUGUAACACCAUUAGCAUCUACCCCACCAGGCACAAACCUGGGUGGUAGUAGUGGAUCCCAACAAUUUCAGAGAUUAAAAGUAGAAGAUGCGUUGUCUUAUUUGGAUCAAGUGAAGUACAAAUUCAGCGAUCAGCCUCAGGUGUACAAUGAUUUUCUGGAUAUUAUGAAAGAAUUUAAGUCACAAAGCAUAGAUACACCAGGAGUGAUAACAAGAGUGAGUCACUUAUUCAAAGGGCACCCUGAACUCAUUGUUGGUUUCAAUACCUUCCUUCCACCUGGAUAUAAGAUAGAAGUACAAGCAAAUGAGCAAGGAUACGCGUUUCAAGUGUCAGUUAGUAUGCCAAGUCCAACAGCAACGCAUACUGCUACCUUGUCGCAGCAUCAUUGCACAGUGAAUGUUGGUUCACCUCCUGUUGCAAGUCCACCAACUCAACCAGCAAAAGCUCCCCCAGUUUUACAAAUAAUGCAAGGGUCUGGGAAUAUACAUCACUCUUUGGCAAACAAUAUUUCCAAUAACAGUUUAACAGUACAUGCACCUUCACCACCGCCAGUACAAGCAUACAACAAUUCACAUGUGAGUGCAGCUCAAGCUCAGGCUGUGAGUCAAGCACUAAGCCAGGCACAAGAUGGCAUACCAACCAGUGGGCAAACUCAACAGAGCCAACCGGUUGAGUUUAACCACGCAAUUAAUUACGUCAACAAAAUUAAGAAUCGAUUCCAAGGUCAACCGGAUAAAUAUAAAAGAUUUUUAGAAAUUUUGCAUACUUACCAAAAAGAACAACGGAAUUUAAAAGAAUCUGGACACAUGGGUGGCACAAGCGGAUCUGGUGCAUCUGGUGGUGCAAAACACUUAACAGAAGCAGAAGUUUAUAGUCAAGUUGCCAAGUUAUUCGAGAAUCAAGAAGAUUUGCUUGCUGAGUUUGGACAAUUUUUGCCAGACGCCACUAAUCAGCAAAGCUCAUUGAGUAACAAGACUGCAACAGUUAAUGACCACACAACAAUCGUUAAGAAACCAUUGGGACCUAAAGCACCUUACAAUAAUUCGGGGAAUAUAUCGAGAGAUCUUCGAGAGUCUAGCGGCACUGGUGCAAUAGAACGAGAAAGUCGCGACCACAGAGAUCGUGAACGAGAACGAGAUAGAUCUGGUAUACGAGAUAUUAAUAGUGUACAGAAAUGUGGCCACAAUACGGGACAAUUGAAAAGAAGUCCAUCGUUCUCACCUUCGGUAUCAGCCGGAAACUCUCACCAUAUACAGCACGGUCCACCUCCCUUGAAAAAGCAUAAAGUGUCAUCUAUGCGUGAAUGCGUUACAAUAGCCGAAGCUGGAAAGUACGGCAGCCUGAACGAUUAUGCUUUCUUCGAUAAGGUUCGUAAAGCGUUAAGGUCGCAAGAAGUCUACGAAAAUUUCCUCAGAUGUUUGGUUCUUUUCAAUCAAGAAAUAGUAUCCAAAUCUGAAUUGGUGCAGUUAGUAACGCCAUUUCUCGGUCGCUUUCCCGAACUUUUACGUUGGUUUAAAGAUUUCCUGGGCCAUUUGCCCGAAUCUUCUAACACCAGUACAACAAAUACGAGUAGCAACUUAAACGUUGAAGCGCUACCAAAUAAUGUUGUACGAAGUCAUCAAGAGCGACCACAAGGGGACCUGGCAAUGGAAAUCGACUAUACGGCAUGCAAACGCCUAGGGGCAUCGUACUGCGCGUUACCAAAGUCAUACAUUCAACCAAAGUGUACAGGAAGAACGCAGUUGUGUAAAGAAGUCCUUAACGAUACAUGGGUUUCAUUUCCGACUUGGUCGGAAGACAGUACAUUCGUAACAUCCAGGAAAACCCAGUACGAGGAAUUCAUUUAUCGCUGCGAGGAUGAACGAUUCGAAUUGGAUGGCGUAAUAGAAACUAACGCGUCAACGAUCAGAGUUCUAGAGGGAGUCCAUAAGAAAAUGAGUAGAAUGAGUCAAGAGGAACUUCAGAAGUUCAAGCUCGAUGAUUGUCUCGGUGGUUGUUCUCCUACAAUUCAUCAGAGAGCUCUGAAGAGGAUAUACGGCGAUAAGGCUGCUGACAUUAUAGAUGGCCUUAAGAAAAAUCCUAUGGUAGCGGUACCUGUGGUUCUUCGUCGACUAAAGAGUAAAGAGGAAGAAUGGCGGGAGGCACAAAAAGGCUUUAAUAAAAUCUGGAGAGAGCAGAACGAAAAGUACUAUUUGAAGUCUCUGGAUCAUCAGGGUAUCAACUUCAAGCAAAACGACGUGAAGGCACUAAGAUCUAAAAGCCUAUUUAACGAGAUCGAAACGUUAUACGACGAGAGGCACGAGCAAGUGGACGAUGGUAGCGGUGAUGGCCAAAACAAUAGCGGCCCACACCUCGUAUUACCUUAUAAAGAUAAGUCUGUUCUGGAUGAUGCAGCUAAUCUCCUUAUCCAUCACGUGAAACGUCAAACGGCCAUCCACAAGGAAGAUAAGCAACGAAUAAAGCUUCUAUUGAAGCAUUUCAUACCUGAUCUUUUCUUCCAUCCACGCCAGGAAUUGAGCGACGACGAAAGAGACGAAGAUGAUGAAAAGGAAGAUCUCAGUGUAGCAGCAUGUAGCAAUUCUCAGUCAGUAACGAUGAAUACCUCUCCGAUGGGCGGUGGUCUCCAAGCGAGUAGGAAUAAGGCGCCGGUAUCUCCGAUUCCGUCUUCCACGUCGAUUAAAACCGAACCUGAUAUCAAAGUACCCAUCCAUGCCAUGUCGAAUGACCCUGAAGAAGCGUAUACGCUCUUUAUGGGCAGCAAUAAUUGGUACCUCUUCUUGAGGUUACACCAUAUUUUAUGUGAAAGACUAACCAAAAUGUACGACCGAGCUGUCGCCCUCGCUGAAGAGGAAUCGCGAUAUAAACAACAACGUAAGGAGAGUACGGCGGUCGCAUUAAGAUUAAAACCCAAAAAUGAAAUCGAAAUCGAAGACUACUAUCCUGCAUUUUUGGAUAUGGUUAAGAACGUCCUAGAUGGCAAUAUGGAAAGCACCGCGUAUGAGGAUACCUUACGAGAAAUGUUCGGUAUUCACGCGUAUAUUGCCUUUACGUUAGAUAAGGUUGUAACAUACGCUGUGAGACAAUUGCAGCAUUUGGUUUCCGAUCCUAUAUGUCAGCAAUGUAUGGAACUGUUCCAACGAGAGCAACGUCAACAAAAAGAAAGUAGUGGUGCGGGUGGUUUGUGUGCUACAGCGUAUAUGAGACUUGGUGCAGAAAUGUCGUAUCAACGUAAAGCUGAGAAAGCUAUGGCGGACGAAAAUUGUUUCAAAAUAUACAUUUAUAAGAAGGACUGUAAAAUGACAAUGGAAUUGUUGGAUACGGAAGGUGAUGAGGCGAUGGACAACAGUUGUAGAGAAAGAGAAAGGGAAGGAGUUACGGUAUCUGAAAAAUGGUCUACAUAUGUUGAGAGGUUUUCUGCUCCAGCUGGUCAGACUAGCCCGAAAGACACCCCUACCUUAACAGACAAUGAGCCAACAACCAAUCAUCCUAUGGAUGGAAAUGGUUGGAGUUCUGUAGGCAGAAUCUUGGCAGGAAGUAAGCCUGUGUUUCUUUACCGUAAUGUUAGACAGUGGAGGAAAAGAGCAGCGAGAAUGAUGUCAGCAUCCAUACCUAACGCUAAUCAUCCUGAGAAAGGUGCAGAGUCGACAGAUAAAGAGAAAUCGUUGGACUCUGUAGAUGCACUCCUAAAACGGCCUCCUGGUUUAAGAUUAACAGAUUCUGGGGAUACGUCUGACAUUAUUAAUUCUGACGAAACGCAAUGCAGAUUUAAUCCCAACAGUUACCAAAUGUUUUAUGUUGCUAGCAAGGAAGCAUUCCUGUAUAAACAGAAUUCAUUCAGCCGUGCCAGAGAGUGUCAUCCAGUUGUGACAAAACACCUGAAUACAAAGUUCCAUCAGUGGCUGGCGUCCUGGGCAUCUAAGAACGUCGCAGACGUACAGCACCGAUUAUGUCAAGAUUGGUUGAUGGGACGUUACGAAAACUUAAUUCCUCAUAAGACACGAGUGAUCACGGAUAACGAUCAAACGAGAUCACCUUACCGACAAUACAAUCGUUAUCGAGUGGAACGCCUGCAACCUGAUCUUCUGACGGAACCAUGUGUAUAA